ACACACAUCACGCAUUAACGGAUUGUUUAUUUAAGCGUUAUGUCUACGCCGACCUCACCCAAAACGCCCACGCCGCCCACAUUGCCGCCAGGUGUGACCAAAACAUGCCACAUAGUAAAGCGACCCGAUUUCGAUGGCUAUGGCUUCAAUCUGCACUCAGAGAAGGUCAAGCCGGGCCAGUUCAUUGGCAAAGUGGACCUGGAUUCGCCAGCCGAGGCAGCUGGCUUGAAAGAGGGCGAUCGCAUAUUGGAAGUCAAUGGCGUCUCCAUUGGCAGCGAGACUCACAAGCAGGUGGUGGCGCGCAUCAAAGCCAUUGCCAACGAGGUUCGACUGCUGCUGAUCGAUGUGGAUGGCAAGGCGAUCGAAAUGCCGCCCAAGUCGACAUCGCGCGCAGCUUCGCCAGUGCCGGCGACCAAUGGCAGUUGCAGUGGCAGUGUGUAUAAUGGCAGUCCGCCCAGCUAUGAGGGCACCAAGCAGGAGUUGCCCGGCGCCAGUGCCAACAUUAGCAGCAUCAGUGUGACCAGCACGAAGCGUAUCUCGAAUGCGAGCAGCAUUCAGAGCGGCAGCACAAUGAAUGCCAGCGACAUGGAUGUGGUGGACAGGGGUACGCCCAUGGCGCCAGCGCCUGUUGUUGCUGUUGCCCCAAUCUCAGCGCAGAAUGGCAGCAAAUCGCCAAGCAACAACAACAGCAUUAGCAGCAACAACAAUAACAACAACAGCAAAAUGAUGAGUACCCCGCCGCCACCGUCGGCUACAGUGGCCAGCAUGAACAACAAUGGCAGCGUCUAUAGCGGCAGCAACACCACCACCAGCACCACCAAUGGCAAUACAAAUGUCAAUGGCAAUGGCAGUGCCAUGCCCACAGUGCCAGCGCCCAAUGGAGGCAUGAAUCGUGCCGGCAGUUUGAACUUGCCGCUAACCGUCGCAGAAAUGCGCGCCAAACUGGCCUCGAAGAAGAAAUACGAUCCCAAGAACGAGAGCGUCGAUCUAAAAAAGAAAUUUGAAAUUAUACAAAAGCUCUGAGAUCCCAAAAUCCAGACCAUAUCAUGCACCCAGCAUUCUAAACACCGUACUUGUUAUUAUUUUACACGAAGCGCACAAACGAUAAGUUAAACUAUUGUUAAAUGGCUGGCAGAUCCAUAUCAUAUAUAUAU